AUGAUGCAAACCGAGUGCUACACGACAGCUGUACCGAUGCCUUCAUCACCCAAGCAGAUUGCCUCCAACGAGGUCGACAUUAGUGUGAUGGCCUUGCAUUAUCCCACACAAAUUUCUUAUCUGUAUUCCAAGGGAAUUUCCAACCUUACAAAAAGGCGCAUCCAAGCAAGGGGGAAACUUUCCAUGCUUAGCGAGGACAAGUUUCUUGAAAUCAUCAAGGAUGUUGUGUCAGAAUGGACUCUUCGCUUUCCUGAACACAUUGUUUCCUCGCAGAGCGAUGCCAAAGUUUCGUUUCAAAAGAGAAAGGCACCAAGAGUAAGCACCUCUGGCCUUUCGGAGCACAUGAAGCCAUUUGAUCAAGAAGAACGCGACGCAAAAUCGGCUGGAAGAUUUUCCUUCUUUAAUAAGAAGAUAGAAAAGUUAUUUGCGUUUGGCGGUUCACACCGGGAUCAUCGUAGCCUCAAGUCGCCAUCCCAACCGGUCUCUCCCACGUUCAGCGUUUCAAGCAAAAAAGUUCCAUUUGAUUUUGGAUCCAUCGAGUCGCUUCUGACCGAAAUUUCUUCAAAAUCCAAGCAUAAUCCCGAAAUCGACACCUCGCUUCUCGAUUCAAGCUAUUCUCUAUUUUCUGGAGAAUUUGAAAAGAAAAUUCGGGACCAAUCGCACAUAAUCUCGUCUCAAAAGGAAAUAAUUACCAKACAGCAACUUGAGAUUGAGAAGCUUAGAAAUGAAGCAAAUAUCGUAUCAAAGUCGCCCAAUGCUACGGACAUUGCCUCUGUCAUGAAGGCAUAUACGGUGCACAUCAAAAAAUAUCUUGUCUCUGUUGAGAAGCUGGAGAAAGAAUUUUCUGCCCUCAAGGUUGUUUCAAAGAAAAAGGACGAUGAUAAGGUUGCUGAGCCCUCUUCGUCCGGCGGUCGACUUUCUCUUUCGUUGCCCUCAAAAGUGAUCCUCAAUUCGUCAAAAAAUCUUAGAGUAAAAUGCACCACGUCCCUUGGUAUCAUUUUAAAGCUAUUGAAGAUUGCCUUUGGAGAUGAAAACCAAUUUCCUUUGGCUGAGACGAUUCGGCAGAUUGAAAUGCUAAUUCACGAUGUUGGCAUUCUUCUUUGGAGGAUAAGUCAGGCGAAAACCCUUUUUUUGAUAGCACUUGAAAGAUUUACUGUGGCAACGGUCGGUGAUGCCUAUCAAGAAGAAAUCAUAAAAUCCGCCGAAGAGGCCAAUUUUCAAGCUCAGCAUAUAACAUCUCCGUCGAUCAAGAAAAAAGAUGAUGUGCAUAUGAUCUGCGAUGAGGAAGAAACAUCUUCGACCCCUCCUUUGAGCGCUCUCGAUCUUGAUUCCUCCUCGACCGAUGCUAUUUUAAAGCCCAAAUCGGACAAGUUUGACUGUAUAAAGGAAAAAACGGACAAAAUCAUCCAAAUUGUGCAAAGCCUGCUGCUCCAACUUGCUGCAUCGUCAAAAAAUGGCCAGGAGCCCCCAAUUUCCAUCUUCCAAUCGACAAAGCUCUGCAAUGUGCUUUCACAGGUUAUCAUUUAUUCGAAUGGCCUUCUGGAGCGGUCCAAGGAGUUUAUUACGCUUCCGGCUAUGCUCCAUCAAAGGAUGAAUUCCGAGGCUGCCAUGUGCAAUCUUGAAAUAGCGGCUGGCACGUUUGGCGCGAUCAAGCAACUUAUUUUCCAAAAAAGAGCCGAUGGAAGUAGCGAAAAUGUUGAAUCCACCAUUGAGGAUGUUGCCCGUGCCCAGCUAGUUGAUGCCUGCCACUGCCUGAUCAAAGCUACCAGAGACUUUCACUGCAUUCUUGACCGAGUAGCUAAUGUCAACCAUCGACACAGCAGUAAUAAUUGA